UGUAUCUCUCGCCACGUUGGAAGAGUUGAGUUGGGGUUGUAUUGCCUCUGAAAACAAUUAUCUGACAUUUAAUAUUUUUAUUUAACUAUUCGUCUCUAUCACAAAAAUAAACAUAGAUCCACAUAUCUGUAACUACAUAAUUUAAAAAUGAAGGUGAAGGAAUUGUUGAAGACUGUCAAUGUGGCCUGGUCGCCAAAAGACCAAUACCCUAUUUUAUUAGCAGCAGGAACAGCUGCCCAACAAUUAGAUGCCAGUUUUAACACAUCAGCAAGCUUAGAUUUAUAUUCGCUUAAUUUAGAGCAGCCUGGAUAUGAAAUGGAAUCAAAAAUAAGUGUACAGAGUGAGCACAGGUUUCAUAAAAUAAUUUGGGGAGCACAAGGCUCCAACCCGGCAGGGAUAAUUGUCGGUGGUUGUGACUAUGGUUCAAUUAAAAUUUACUCUGCGUCAAAAAUGUUGUCCCGAGAGUCUGACAGUUUGGUGAGCAACCCAGACCGUCAUACGGGACCAGUUCGCGCCCUGGAUUUUAAUCCAUUUCAGACGAAUCUUCUGGCUUCCGGUGCCAGCGAGAGCGAGAUAUACAUUUGGGAUAUAGUAAAUACCCAGACGCCGAUGACACCUGGGACGAGGAGUCAGCCAGCAGAAGAUGUUCAGUAUAUUCAGUGGAAUAAGCAGGUCCAGCACAUCCUUGCCUCGGCGUUUUCUCAACGUUGUGUGAUAUGGGAUCUGCGAAAGAACGAGCCGAUUAUAAAAUUGUCUGACGCGAACUCGAAAAUUAGAUGGAAAGUCUUGCAGUGGCAUCCGGAAGUUGCUACGCAGUUGUGUCUCGCUUCGGAAGACGACCAGGCGCCGAUAAUCCAGCUGUGGGAUUUGAGGUUCGCGACGUCUCCGCUCAAGACCCUGGCUCAUCAUCAGCGAGGAGUUUUGUCGAUAGCUUGGAAUCUUCAUGACUCGGAUCUGCUGCUGAGUUGUGCUAAAGACAACACGAUCGUCUGCUGGAAUCCUAACGCUGAUGCGCCGAACGAUCAAUUUUUGUGCGAACUUACGCAGACUAAUCAGUGGAACUUUGACGUCUCCUGGUGUCCGAGGAGUCCUGGUCUUAUUGUGGGCAGUAGUUUUGAUGGCCAUGCUACUGUUUACUCUCUGCUAGGUGGACAGUCUCAGGCAUCAACAGAAACAGCCAAUAAAAUAGUCGAUUCUUUUCCUGGAAUGGAUCCAUUCACUCAGGCACCGCCGGCAGUUCAACGAGAGGCAGCUCCAGCGCUGAAGAAAGCUCCCAAGUGGUUGAAGAGACCCGUAGGCGCUUCUUUUGGGUUCGGAGGCAAGCUCAGUAUCUACGAGAAAGAAGUUGAUGCCAACAACGCACUGAUGCGACCCCGCGUUUUUGUGAGUCAGGUGAUCACCAACCCAGACAUGGUCCAGCGUUCGCAGGAGCUAGAAAUGGCGCUCAAGAGCGAACAAUUCUGGGAUUACUGUCGCGGAAAAGCUGACAGCACCACCGACGAACACUUCAAACGCGUCUGGAAUUACGUCGCCGCUUACUUCAGCGAAGACAUCACCAGAACCUUUUUGGACCUUCUUGGGUAUAAUGUACUGAAGGUCAAUGAAAAACUCAAAAAGUUUUUACCCGAAGAGGACAUAAAUACCGUCACCGACGGAGUAGCGAAGCUGGAAACAAAUUCUUUGCAAAAUGGAAUCGGGUUUGACGGCAGCGCAGCCUUUGAUGCGAUAGCGCAGCAGGAACAGAAGCGACUGACUCUUUCGCCAAAGCCAAAGCAGUCUGCUGUUAAAAUUAAUACCUCUGACGACGAAGACGGAUUAAUAACGCAGGCUAUUCUCGUGGGAAACAUUGAAGCCGCGGUGUCGCUUUGCUUCGCCAGCAAGCGAUAUGCUGACGCUAUUAUUCUGUCAAUGGCUGGCGGUCCCGAUUUGUUGGCACGCACCCAGUAUCGGUACUUUGAAGAACACACUGGCUCUCUAAACUCUCUGAUUAAUUCUGUGGUCAGCGAGAACUGGGUGGAGAUCGUCAACACUGGAGACAUCACCUGCUGGAAAGAGACACUCGUGGGUAUUUUCACUCACUGCAAUGGUGAAGAGUGCUCGGCUCUAUGCGAUGCGUUGGGAGAUCGACUGGCAAAGACUGAUGACCCGGUUUUAAAAAAACACGCCCAGAUCUGCUAUGUCUGCUCCGGUAAUUUAAAUAAAAUGAUUUCGGUCGCUGAGACCGACAUCCAGGAAACUGUUGAGCUGGUGAUGGUGAUGAAGCGCGCGUUGGAACUUCAAGGAGUAAAAAGCGUUGAAAUUGAUGGCAACAUUGCUGGAGUACUGUCUCAGUAUGCUGAGACCCUGGCCAGCGAAGGAGAUCUCGAAGCGGCUUUGAAUUACGUCGGCAAUGGUCAGGACCCGAGGAUUGUUAUGCUGAGAGACAGGUUGUACAAAGCUUUGUCUUACUUGCAACCCGCCCAGCCGACACAGACUCAGCGUCAAGUUCCAGGACAUCUAGGACACCAACAACAACAGCAACAACAUCAACAACUGAACCAAAUCCCACAGAAACCAGCACAAAGUUACUACAACCCUGUUUCUAAACCAAACUACCAGCCGACUCAGUCCUGGAAUACGAACCCACUGCAGAAUUCCUACGUCAUGGGCCAGCAAGUCCCAAGCAUGCAGCCUCCAAGCCAACCAUCAGUAAAUUUAACCUACGGACAGCCUCAAAUUCUUCAGCCACAGACUCCACAGCCUCCACAAGUUUCUCAGCCCCCAUCCGGUGGAAGUCAAGCAGGAUCGCGACCAUCCAGCGUCGGUCCGCAGUCCAGACCCAAGUAUAUGAUCGAUCCUUCAGUCAAAUCAGCCCCUUAUGCUGGAUAUCAGCAGCCAUACUCGCCCCAGGUUCCAGCUCCGGCUUUCAAUCAAAAUUCUUACCAGUCCUAUGGUAAUUAUUCUUCAAAUCCUUACGGGCAGGAGCAGCCCGAGCAGUUCAAGCCCAACAUCAUGACACCGGCUCUCCCUGCGAACCCUCCGUCUAUUUACGAUCCUAGAGCUCAGCAACAGACACCCCAGGGUCCACCACAGAGUCAGUUUAAAAACGAACCUGCUUAUCAGCCGGGUGCCCAAUCUGCCGGCUGGAAUGAUCCUCCCAUAGCUAAAUCUUCUCGCGCUCAGGCUCCUGUUGAAGUGCCGCAGCAGAGCCCGAUUGUCCAUCCGUUGUUUGGUGCUGCACCACAGCCAGAUUUUAAUAAUCCGAUGCAGUCAGAGUACCAUCAAGGUCCGCCAAUGAGUAAUUAUAAUUACAAUCAAGGGUACGGUCAGAAUAUGAUGAACGAGGGCCAGUAUAAACAAUUUGAACCUAUGAAACCUGCGCAAGCGCCUGAAGUCGCCAGAGAAGUCGUGCCUGAAAAACCUAAACCGCCUAUACCUGAAGAGCAUGUUCAUUUAAAGACCAUUCUUGAUGAAUUAAAAAUGCAGUGCUACGAAACUGCUAAAAAUCCGGCGAUGAAGAGAAAGAUUGAAGACGUAUCGAAAAAAUUGGAAGUUCUUUACGAUUGUCUUCGCGAAAAUACUAUUUCCCAAAGUACUUUGCAAGGAUUACAUCAAAUUUCACAAAUGAUUCAAGCCGGCAAUUACACAAACGGGUUAGCAAUACAUACGCAAUUAGUAUCAGGACCAGAUUUUAGUCAAAUCGCCUCAUUCAUGCCGGGAAUUAAAGUUUUAUUACAAAGCGCACUUCAAUUAGGAGUUUACAUUACGUAAAUUAUUUAAUAAAUACAUUUAUACAUAUUUUAUAUUUUUUUUGGUAACAAUAAUUAAUACUAAUAAUAAUAAUAUUAAUAAUAAUAAUUAUUUUGUUGAACUAUGAAAAAUUUUCUAUACUUGGAGUCAGCAGAGUCGUUUAUUAAAAUGAUUUCUUCGGGCUUUUAAAUAGCAAUUAUUAUUGAUAUUAAAAUUAAUUUUUUUUUGUAAUUAAUUAAAAAACUAGAUUUAUAAAUAAAUAUAACUGUUAAUAUGA